AUGUCAACAAUCAGCCAGGCGCAAUUGAAUGGCAGCAUCAGGGCUUCAAAUACCCCACGUCGCCCAGUUGCCCAUUUCCUGCCCGAUGACAUACAGAACGGACUACUCUACCCUCCCGUGAACGGUAACGGCAACGGCAAUCUCGACUCAGACCUCUCCGACAGCGGUUCCUCUACCGAAUCCCCUCAAGCAAACGGAAACAAAACCAAAACGCGACGCCCAGGCAUGUCUCGCAAGGCUUCAUCCCCGAUGGCGCCGACCUUUAUGGUCUCAGCGCCUGGAAAAGUCAUUAUGUACGGCGAACAUGCUGUCGUUCACGGCAAGGCCGCUCUAGCUGCGGCCAUUUCCCUCCGAUCCUACCUCCUCGUCACCACACUCUCCAAAUCACAGCGAACAAUUACUUUGAACUUCCGGGACUUGGGAUUAAAACACACCUGGGAUAUUGAUUCCCUUCCCUGGGAUGUUUUCCACCGCGCCGAUAAGAAGAAGUUCUAUUACAGCUUAGUCACCUCCCUCGACGACGAACUCGUACAAUCGCUCGAUCCCCAUCUCGAGGAUGUCUCUGAAGGUCUCCCCGAGGAGCAGCGUAAGAUCCACGUUCGCUCCGCCACCGCAUUCCUCUACCUCUUUCUCUCCCUCGGUUCCCCUCAAAGCCCAGGCGCCAUCUACACCCUCCGCUCCACCAUCCCCACCGGCGCCGGGCUGGGCAGCAGUGCCAGUGUAUGCGUCUGUUUGAGUUCGGCCCUCUUGCUCCAGAUUCGAACCCUUUCCGGCCCCCACCCCGAUCAGCCUCCGGACGAGGCUGAGACACAAAUUGAACGAAUUAAUCGCUGGGCGUUUGUGGGUGAACUGUGCCACCAUGGAAAUCCCAGUGGAGUGGACAACACAGUCUCCGCAGGCGGCAAGGCUGUUUACUUCAAGCGCACCGAUUACGAGAAGCCUCCCGAGGUCAUUUCACUUCCCACCUUCCCUGAAUUACCACUCCUCAUAGUCGAUACACAACAGACCCGCUCCACUGUCACCGAGGUGGCAAAGGUCGCUGCCCUGAGAAAAGCCCACCCUGUCGUGUCCGAAUCUAUUCUCAACGCUAUUGAUCAAGUGACAUGUUCUGCGCGCGAAUUGAUUGAGCGCCCCGAGUUCGAGGCCGACUCCGCUGACACCAUGGCUCACUUUGGAACUCUGAUUCGCAUUAACCAUGGCCUGCUUGUUUCUCUGGGCGUCUCUCACCCUCGUCUAGAGCGGGUUUGUGAACUAGUUGAAUCUGCCAACAUUGGCUGGACCAAGUUGACUGGUGCCGGUGGCGGUGGUUGCACUAUGACCCUUAUCCGUCCCGACGCAGAUCCCGAAGCUGUCCAAGAGCUUGUGAAGAAGCUUGCCAUGGAAAAUUUUAACAAAUACGAGACAACUCUGGGCGGCGACGGCGUGGGUGUCCUCUAUCCAGCGGUCCUGCGCAAUGGCACCGACGAAGAGGGCGGUGAAGAGAUCGACCAGCAGAAGUUCGAAGAGGCUGAAGGCCACGUCGGAAUUGAGCGACUCGUGGGUGUUGGAUUCCAUGAAAAGCGCGAAGGCUGGAAAUUCUGGAAACGAGCUGUUUGA